UAUUGACGAAAUGUCCAAAUGACAAAAUGGAAUAUAUGGUAAAAUGGCUGAAGAUUACUCCCACGGCUCUGAAAACUAUCGCCAACAGGUCCACGGACGUACCUCUUCCUGCUCUUAACUUGAACACCUCUGGUUUUAAAUAUUUUUGGCUUUUCUCCGAUAUUUUGAGGUUUUUUGCAUGAUACCCGUACCGGACCCGAAUGGUAUGCUGUUAAUAUUAUUUCUUCAUGAGAGCACGGACAUUGGCUAAAUGCAUAAACGUUUACAAGCAUUUGAAAUGUAGGCGUACAGAUGCAUGUUAAACGUUAGCUGGAUGGAUAAGGCCACACGAAUGAACACUUCCACGGAAUUAAUAAAAGUAUUUUGGACAUACUAUGCGAU